AUGAACCGCCCCGCCACCGCCCAGACACGCAACGAACAGGAGAUGAUGGAGAAAUCCAAGCGCGCGCUGGAGACGGCCACCGACCCCGUGGAGAAGCUGCGCUUGCAGCUGCUGUCCAGGGGAUCAUCUGGCAUCAUCGGUUUUGGCAGGGUGUUCCGUCGCAUGGACGACGACAAGAACCGCAUGCUGAACCUGGAGGAGUUCGGCGAGGGCAUGCGGGACUCCGGCCUCAAGCUGAAUGACGCCGAGCUCAAGGCCAUGUUCCAGGCGUUCGACAAGGACAAGUCGGGCUCCAUCAGCUUCAACGAGUUCCUGGAGAAUAUUCGCCCCCCAAUGUCGGCCGCCCGGCGGAACGUGCUGAUGGAGGCGUUCCGCAAGAUGGACACCAGCGGCGACGGCGUGCUCAGUCUGGAGGACAUUCGGCAGACGUACAGCGUCGACUCGCACCCCAAGUACAUUAGCGGCGAGCUCACCAAGGACCAGAUCCUCAAUCAGUACCUGGCCAACUUCGAGAAGAACGGCACGGUCGACGGCAAGGUGACCAAGGAGGAGUUCAUCGACUACUACUCGGGCGUCAGCGCCUCCGUCGACACUGACGCCUACUUCGACCUCAUGAUCCGAAACGCCUACAAGUUGUAGGCGGCCGGCCGGAGGCGGGGCUCGGGAGUCUGCACGGCCAGCGCGUGCCACACCGCGCCGGGCCCGGCCCGGCCGGCGGAGAACGGCGCCAUCUUUGACUGGAGCGUCUGCCACGAGGUUCCUCGCCCAGACGUCGCUGAUGGCUCGGGGAGGUCGGGCGGUCGCGAGGGGCCCGGCGGAAGCCACUAGCAGGCGGUGCCAACGGCGGCGUCCCGAGCACGAGCUUCAGCCGCCCAGAACGGGCCACUGACGAUCAGGAGGCGCCCUGCUGACGCCCCGAGCGCGCCCCUGGACGCGUGCGGAAUGCGCUUGAUGUUCGGCAGGUACACCGGCAUGUGAAGGCAGGGUACGUCGGAGCCGCCGCAUCCCUUCUCCGUUAAUUGCGGAUGCGACGCUAUAUUCUCAGAGGCUUCCUGUGUGACGUCAGGUAGAAUAACUGUGUAGGACUCUUGUCACUUGGUAACAUAUGGUAAGGUUCACUGGUUUAAUAAAGGGCAGAGCCGGA